CAGCAUUCGGCCGAGAGACAGAGAAUACCACUGCUGGCUGGCAUCAAUUUUAAUUAGUCAUUACGGGGAUUACACUGAAUAAAUCGCCUAGAUCAAAAUGGACUCGAGCUCAGCGGUCGAGGGUCAAGAUGUGCUUGUAGGACUUGAUCGUUUCAAACCUCUUCCCGACCUCCGCACUCAUGCAGACGAUUGGACUGGUGUAACUUCAAGGCAGGAAAGAAAGCGACGACAGAACAGGCUCAAUCAAAGAGCAUGGCGCCGAAGAAAGGGUGCUCAGUAUACAUCAGAUGGACAACAAUCCCAGACUGUCACAGCGACAUCCACUCAUACUUCUCAUGAUGAUUCGGUGGUGUUGAGAGACACUUUCCCUUCGAUAUUUGCUAGAGCACCGAUCAUUGGCGAUGGAAUUUUACUCAUACCCAAUGUAUGCGAAGCAGAGAGACUUCGAAACUUGAUACGUCAGUCUCUUGAAGACUAUUCACUACAAACCCCGCGCCCAUCCAACCUACACAUAAUCAUCCGCCUAAAUGUUCUGAACGCCAUAGCCGAUAACGCCACAGUAAUUGGAUUUCCAAAGGAAAGGCUAUGUCGGGAUGAGUUCAUAUCGCCCUUUUACCAGACCGGCCCAAUUCAAAUUCCAUCACCCGACUGUCCCACGAGUCUUCAACCAACGUCGCUGCAGCGCUCGACGGCACAUCAUCCCUGGAUAGACCUGUUCCCUUUCCCCAAGUUCCGCGACAAUGUUCUUCGUGGUAUGCAAAAAGGGUUGUUCGACGAUGAUGAACUCUGUGGCGAUCUGUUGGGAGUUGAAGGAGCAGGAGUGGGGGAGCAGCCGUCGCUUUUGGUGUGGACUGUCGCUUGGGAUGCAAGAGGUUGGGAAGUAAAUGCCGCGUUUGUGAAGAAAUGGGGGAGCCUGAUUCGAGAUUGCCCUGAGAUCAUGGAUUCGACGAAUUAUUGGCGGAGAAAGAGGGGACAACCUGCGUUGACGUUUGAUGUUGAUACUGAGACCGGUCCAUGAAAUAGGAAAGGCUCUUCAAAGUCGAUUAUGGCAUGUCCUGAGAAUACCGGGCAACACUCAGAAGAUAAUAUGAAUUGUGGCAUGCCUGUGGACCGUUAUUGUCCCUUAGAAGCCUCCGCCUGCU